AUGCCCUUCGAAUUGGUUGCAAGGCCGUCUUCCGAGAAGGUAUAUCGGAAAGAACUGAAACGCUUUGUCUGUUUCUGGCUCCGAUUAUUCCGAUUAUUGCCGACGACUUUUCAGAAGGUUACAGGGCAUAGGCUGAAAAAGCAUCAGUUUAGAGUCCUACGGGAGCUUUGGUUGGAUGACAUAUGGAAGUCCGCGGAACAUAGUGAUGUAGACCCUGCUGCUAACAAGGAUGGAGGACACGAUGGGGACGAAGGGGAGUAUGAGGAUCAGGAUAAUGAUGAGGAUGAGGACGAGUAUCCAGAUGAUGACGAGAUCCAAGAUGAUGAUGAAGGUGAAGAUGAAAGUCAGGAAAGGGUGGUUGUGGACACGAGUGAUCUAUCUGGUGACGAGGCAACUUCCACUUGGUCUUCGAACAGUCAAGAAGAUCACCCACCAGAUCCCGCGCUCGAUAUUUUACUGCGCUUUUGUUACUCUGCUGUUACUGAGGAUUACGACGGCGGUGUCGCGAGCUCGACCAUGCUGGUGUACUUCAGUGCCGUGCGCGGGCUAACGACCCCAGAAGGAGAUCAGCACUUGAAGCCUCACCGAUUCACCCCGAUUUUGGCGAAGCUUAUAUACUGUUCUCGAUUGGUAUUUCGAGCAAGGCAAUAA